CAGGUGCUGGGCCGUCGCACUUUUUCUUUUGUGGGCUAAACCAGUUUCUCAUUCGAUCUUCAUCAACGAUCAAUUCAACAAUAACCUCGAACUUGACGUUUCAGUCUCCGCCCAAUUUGCGGUUAAAUCGAUUGACUCUCUUGUUCUUUCCAAAGUCUACCAACAACAUUCAAAAUGAAGCACCUCGCAGCUUACCUCCUCCUUGGCCUUGCUGGCAACACCAGCCCCUCUGCCUCUGACAUCAAGGGCGUUCUUGAGUCUGUCGGUAUCGAUGCUGAUGAGGAACGCCUUGAGAAGCUCCUCUCCGAACUCGACGGCAAGGACAUCCAAGAGCUCAUUGCUGAGGGUUCCACUAAGCUCGCUUCCGUUCCCAGCGGUGGCGCUGGUGGUGGUGCUGCCGCUGCUGCUGGCGGUGCUGCCGCUGGUGAUGCUGCUGCCCCUGCUGAGGAGAAGAAGGAAGAGGAGGAAGAGGUGUCCGACGAGGACAUGGGUUUCGGUCUUUUCGACUAAACAAAUUGCGUUCGAUCGGUUCACGAAACAAAACGAAAAGCAAAAGUGUUGGGAGGAGCAUACUGGGGACAGAUUAUGGAGUUAUACUUCAGCUGGUCAGAUCUUGUCGGCAUUCAAGGAAUUUGUCGAUCUACAGCUUAUCUUAAUGGAUUUACGAUCAUACGUAUACGUUAUGUGACCUAGCUAGCCUGUCAAUCCAGGAGCUUUUUCUGCAUUAAGAUCUAUUCAAAUGAGUAAACUUGUAAAUUUAAGUAGCUGUAAAUCUCAAAUCUCGGUCAACCAUGUUAAAUACUAGAAAUAAAUAGCAGUCUAGAAUCUAUAAAUCGAAUUUAUUCAGCCUGAUACAAGGAGGAUAUGCCGAUUCAUGUUGUUUCCAAA